UCUGCUGGAUCAGUGUCUGUGCUCACUACUGUAACUGACCAUGUCUGUCUCUGCUUUUUCAGAGACCAUGCUGAUGAUGAGAUUGUGAAACCUGUGCUUUCCGAUCUACAGAGCAAAGACUCCUCACCAGCAGCAGCAGGAAAAAGGUCAUCGACUCGGUUCCCACAUCAAAGACGCAAGAAGAGGAAGGAAACUGAUGAUGCUGCUUAUGAGGGAGCUCACCAGAGGCCAAACGCCUAUACCAUGAAGCUGUUUGACCGGAGCGUUGAUCUGGCUCAGUUUAAUGAGAACACCCCUCUGUACCCCAUCUGCCGAUCCUGGAUGAGGAACAAGCCCAGUCUCCGUGAGGGAGCUCGCAGCCCAACCCCCCAGCCACCAGUCGCACUCGAGGAUGAGGAGGUUGCUGAGGUGAUGAACGGAAAGUGUCAGGAUAUUUACAAACUGCCAGUGCCAACUCCCUGCUCACUGAACACACAUGGCCAUCCGAUCAACCUCCGUGUUCCUUCACCACUGCCUCCCACUGAGAAACACCUUGAUAUCAGCAUGAGUCGCAGUAAUGUCCCUGGGGUGCCCACGUUACUGUACAACCACAUGGAUCGCUGGAAGAAGAUUCGACAGAGGUGGAGAGAGGCGUCUCACAGGAACCAGUAUCGUUACAGAGACAGCAUGAAGAUCCUGAAGGAGAUGUUUGAGCGUCAGUGAGUGCUCCCUGAGAUGUGGAUCCGGAUACCCACUGCCGUUCCAUGACCAGUUUAUUGUAGAUGGUAGUGUCUUUGUUUCCCUUCAUCUCCCCAGUUCGAGCAACAGGGCCCUGGGGACUGCUGUGUUUCCUACUGGGCCCACAUUGGAGAUGGCCGAGGUCGUUGUGGUUCUGUUCGCCGAGCUGGGAAUUUGUGUUGCAGAUGUUCCGUCCCCUGUCUAGGUGACAUCCUCAG